AUGCCGAAACAGACCCCAGUGCGAUCACCGAAGAAAUCUGGUCCAUAUCCUUCUCCGAAGCGAAGGCGAGCGCUAUCCUCUCAAACCAGAGUAGGAAUAGCAGCCUCUCCAUCAGUCCCAGAACCUGAGCCUGAGCCUGAACCAGUCAGACCGGCAGCUAUGAAUACCAGCCGAAUGGCGACGGGUGUCUCCGCUACCAUGGCACCCCAGGCAGCAAACCCUUGGCAGAGAACAGCAACCCCUGUAUACUCUAUGCCCCCUCCCCUCUCGUAUACACAGCGGCUAUCAAUGCCUGAGAGGCUGCCUAUCCACCCGCCUCCGAGCCCUGGAACCCCCGGCCACCUUCCGAGUGCAUCAACCCCUUGGUCCGCGCAGGACGAUGAAAUUUUGCUAGCCGCACGAGCCCAAGCCCAUGGCUGGAACCAGAUUCAACGGGAUAAUUUUCCCACCAAGUCGUCAAACGCAUGUCGCAAGCGCUAUGAGCGACUGAUUGCCAAACGUCGUGGCUCAGACUGGAAUGAUGAACGAGUUGACAAAGUCGCCAGCUACUACAUGCAAUUGCGGGAAAAGACAUGGCAGCCCUUGGCUGAGGCUGUGGGUGAGGACUGGAGGGAUGUGGAAAAAUUGGUAAGUCAAGACCAGCUAGUUAGCCCCCUGAGCCAAGUUCACUUCUCUGUCUACUUGGAUUUUUACUCUGCCGCUGGCCCCCCGAUCCCUCCCUUUUUCCCGCAAAUACCGUCUCGAGUUGGAAAAGAGACUAAUGCAAGACAUACAUAG